AUGAGCCACCUCACUCCCCCUUCUCCCGCCAGUCCUUCUCCUCCUCACCUGCUGAGACGCAAGCGCUCUUCAGCCAAUGCCGCUCUCACCAGUCGGCCCUCGAUGGUAGCACUCCGGAUGGCCGCAAACAGCCAAGCACCUGCCGCCGAUUACUCCGGGAGCGACGGGUCGGCCGCAAUAGGCGUCGAGGGAGCUCUGGCUGGGAUGAACAUACAAGGUGCCGGAAGCUCAAUCGAGGAACUCCCCUCUCUCCAGCGCCUCAUCUUUGCCCACCUCCUGGUCAGCACCUCAGAAGACACUCCCGCCUCUUCAGAAAGUGCACCACCCUGUCAACUUUCCUGGGCCCUCUUCCAACCAGACCUCCUCGUCACCUCGUCAGGGACCGUCUAUAAGCUAGGUAGAGACGAGUGGACGGCAAUGCGAGAUCCAGUAGAACGAUUGAGGGGUUUGGUCAAGUCUGGCCAGACGCCACCGCCAGCACCGCCACCAUCGCCGACGGGAGAGAGAAACGUAUCGCAGAGCGAGGCGCUAGUACUUGGUAAGACGCUCUUAGGACUCGCACCGCCACGGAGGCUAUACCGGACGAAGACUGCGAGCGGCUCCGAGUCGGUGCAGGCUUCUUGGCUCAUUCUGCCGCCCGCUGAUGGGGAAAUGCUCGACAGGACCUUUGCCGAUAGUACUAGCUCUCGCAAGGUGACCGACUUGAUUACUUUAGUCGUUCAGUACUCCGCACACGAGGGAGCCGAAAUACAAGCUGAUCCAGCGGCUUCUCUUGCCCCUGCGCCAAGCCAAAUUGAAGACGUUCUCAAGCUGGACCCGCAAGCAUUAGCUGGCCAACCUUUAGGCAGUGAUGACGCUGAAGGAAAGGGAGAAGAAAUGUUGCGCAAAGUGCUGGAACUCUUCAGAGUAUAG